GGUCAGAGAUGAACUGCCAGGACCUGAACGGGUCAAGCCUCCAGCAGGACUGGAGUCCCUCCAUGUACUCGGUGUUUGAGGAGGACAGCAACAGCAGCUGCAGCUCAGUAGCGACGUCCAUCUUGAGCCUGAGGACGGGAGAGAGCGAGGACCCCGAUGCAGAGGAAAAGCUCUGCGCCGUGUGUGGUGAUAGGGCCAACGGGUAUCACUUCCAUGUCCUGACCUGCGAGGGCUGCAAAGGCUUCUUCAGGCGUUCCAUGAGCAAAGCGUUAAACUUCACCUGUCCGUUCACGCGGUCCUGCCCGGUGAACAAAGCCAAGCGCAGGCGGUGCCAGGCGUGCCGGCUACAGAAGUGCCUGGACGUGGGGAUGAGGAGAGACAUGAUCAUGACGGAGGAGGCGCUGAUGGCGCGGCGCGAGCUGAGAUUGAAGAAGAAGCAGGAGCGCCAGCAGAGGUUGCAGCGUGUGGCUGAAGUCGGGUCUCUGUCCGUGGAACAGAAGCAGCUCAUCGCCACCCUCAUAGACUCCAACCAAAAACACUUUGACUCCAAGUUCGAAAACUUCAAGGGCUACAGGUUGCAACCACAAGUCGUAAAAGACAAAUGGGGAAACUCACCACUAUCAAGUCCUGAUUGCAGCCCCAAAUACUCAAGCCAGGGCCCUGUGGUGCAGGAGCUGAUGGAGAACGAUGCCCCCAAAGACUACUUUAAAGAACUGCCCCACUUUGCAGAUCUGAGCACUUACAUGAUCCAGCAGGUCAUCAAGUUUGCCAAGGAUAUCCCGAUUUUUCGUUCCCUGGGGAUGGAAGACCAGAUCUCUCUCCUGAAAGGGGCAACUAUGGAAGUCAGCCAGAUCCAGUUCAACUCUGUCUUCAACCUGGAGACCAACCAGUGGGAGUGCGGCAAGAUUAUAUUGAGCAUUGAAGAUGGGGCCCUUAGUGGGUUCCAACGGAUAUUUUUGGAGCCUUUGUUGAAAUUUCACGUUACCUUUCGCAAGCUGAAGCUCCAUGAGCCGGAAUAUGUCUUGAUGCAAGCCCUGGCGCUCUUCUCUCCAGACCGCCCCGGUGUCAUUGAGCAUGACCUCAUCGAUGAGAUCCACGAGAAGACAGCUCUGACGCUGAAAUGCUACAUCGACUAUCACCAUCCGCUGCCAGACAGCAGGUUCCUUUUUGCCAAACUUCUGUCUUUGUUGGCCGAACUUCGCACCCUAAACGACGAGAAUGCAAAACAGAUGAUCCACAUCCAGAACAUAAUGUCUGACGCCAUGACCCCGCUCAUGAAAGAGAUUUUCAGCUGAGGGACAUAACCUGGCAGAAGUGAGGAAAUCAAAUUCCUGCCGAGCAUAAGAU